GAACACAUUGUUUAUAUCCUUUCAGCCGGUGUUGGUAAACACGUCUGCCUCUUGCUCCGCCAGGGUAGUUACCCUGUGUGUGGUGAAGGUUGUUGACCACUGCGCGGUCAGAGGUGGCCAGGUGUGACACUCUGCAAGCUAGAAACCAGUUGGCAGGGCACAAACAGCUAGUUCCAGUGUCACUUAUAACUCUGCGUAAACAUGAACUCGCUGCCCAGGACCUGCGCUUCACUUGCCCUGAGGGUUGUUUCACUGGGCCCUAGGAGUACCUUAAUGGCCACAAGGCAUAAAACUACAGCAUCAGGCUAUGCCAGUAAAGAAUAUUCUGCGGAUAAACAGACUCACUUUGGAUUUGAGAAAGUGUCAGAAGACCAAAAGGCAGAAAAAGUGCAUGGAGUAUUUGAAAAUGUUGCCAGCAACUAUGAUCUAAUGAACGACAUGAUGUCAGGAGGAAUACACCGAGUAUGGAAGGACCUAUUCAUGUCUCGCGUACAGCCUCGCCCCAACACUAAGCUGCUCGAUGUUGCAGGUGGAACUGGGGACAUUGCUUUCCGCUUCAUUCGCCACAUACUUCACAACCAGAGUCAGGCAAAAACAAUACCAGACAGACCAGUAGUCAGUGAGAGAGGUGGUGAUAGUGAAGUGCCUUAUGGAGCAGAUGAGCCCUCUGACAGCUGUUCUCCAUAUGAGAUUACCAUAUGUGACAUAAGCCAAAGCAUGUUGGAUGUAGGCAAGAAGCGAGCUGAUGAGUUAGGUUACAAGGGAAUCAAGUGGAUCUGCGGAGAUGCCCAGAAGCUUCCAUUUCCUGAUGACGAGUUUGAUUGCUACACUAUUGCCUUUGGAAUCAGAAAUGUGGUAGAUGUGGAGAAGGCCUUGGUGGAAGCGUAUAGGGUGCUCAGACCUGGAGGACGAUUUGUGUGUCUGGAAUUCAGCCAGGUGACAAACCCAGCAUUGAGAUGGGUGUAUGAUCAAUAUUCGUUCAACGUCAUCCCACCUAUGGGUCAGGUCGUGGCAGGUGACUGGAAAAGUUACCAGUACUUGGUGGAGAGUAUACGCAAAUUUCCUAACCAGGAAACCUUCAAAGAUAUGAUUGAAGAUGCUGGCUUCAGACACACAACAUUUGAAAAUCUUACAUUUGGAGUCAGUGCCAUUCAUAGUGGUUUCAAGAUAUGAUAGCACUUGUCUUUAACAUGUAAUUUUGGUCAUCUAAAUGAAAAUGUAGGGUAAAUUGCAUUGUAAUUGUAUUCAGGAUUUUGUUCUUAAAGAUUAAGAAGUCUUUUGAGAUCUUUUACAAAAGAGGUACAUAUUAAACUUCGGUAAAUUGUUUACGAGUUUUGGCUGUGUCUCUUUUGUUUCCUUAUAUUUAUUCAUAAGUCAAAUGCUCUGAAAAUAGUUUUGUGAGCAUUUGAAAAGGAAAAUAAAUGUAAAUUAAAGUAAACCUUAUUGAUUGCAUUUUCUAAAGGAAAGAUGGAGUGUCGCCUAAUACAUGGGUUAGCUGACAGUAAAUAAAAGAAGGUAGCACGUCAGGAAGACUAUUCAGCACCAUGUAUGUCAUGGGAUAUUCAAAAGGUCCUAAAUAUUGCUCUAUAUAAGGCUAAUUAUGUCAAGGGCAUCAGGUUCACAAAGAUUCUGUUGAGGGACACGUGCCCAAAUGGACAUUGGGAAAGUAAGACUUGCAAAUAUCUUGAAAAAUGAGGACAUAACACUAGGAGGCACAAAACUGUAUGUGGAGAACAUGGUUCGGACACAGCAGACAAUCAAUUAGAGUUGUAGUGUCUUCGGGAAGAGUUAAAUUGGACAAUUAGUGUCUUGGCAAAGUAAAUUUGAGUUAUAAGUGUGUAACAUUUUUGGGCAUAUAGGUAGCCUGUGCAAGCAGGAAGAGGCAUGGAAUAUAAACUGUAAGAGGUUCAAUGACAAGAUUUUUUGUAAAGGAUUCUACAUGUACUAUUUAGAACAAAGUUUAUACCAAGAAGCAGACAGGCUUUUCUUUAAACUCAGGCAUAAGAAAUAUGAGAAAAUUAAUUAUUAUCUUAAAUUUUAUUAAAUUUUGUUCUUCCAAAUGUUAGGUAAGAAAUGAUACUCCAAUUAAGAUGCAUCAGCUACAGGACUGACAUCUUCCCCGUUUCGCAGGAUUGUCCUGUUCAUAUAUGCCACUCACACCAUUCUAAAGAACUUUGUAAUUCUGAUGAUCAUCUGAAAAAGAGACACACUCAAGGUUUUUAAUUUGAACUGUUAAGGUUUAGACAAGAUAACAAAUAUUAAGAAAUUACUGUUGUCCUUGAUGUAAGAAAAUGUUGUGUAUUUUGUUGUUUGUGUUAUUAAUUAUUGUAAUUUGUAACUUGUUUAUUAAAGAUUUAAAUAAU